AUCUUACACUCGCGAGGGUUACGACGACUUUAUCCGAAAUACCCUCACCCAUUUUAACUUAGUAGGCCACUUGCUUAAUAUAUGUCUUAUCAACGCUCGAUCGAUCUGCAACAAAAAGACGGAUUUAGCCCUGUUUGUAUCCAUAUAUCAACCAUCAGUUAUUAUGAUAUCUGAAGCAUGGACUAACAGUAAUAUUUCCGACCGAAGCAUAUCUCUAGAUAACUAUUCCCUAUAUAGAAGCGAUAGAUUGAAUGGACGAGGCGGAGGAUGCCUUAUUUACGCUCACUCUAGCCUGAACUCACUGCUAUGUGAUAUGCCUGAACUAAACAAACUGAAGGAUUCGGUGUGGAUUGUAUUAAAGCCGUCGAAUUCCGUUACCUUACUGCUCGGCUGUGUUUAUCGUCAACCUAACGCAUCAAUAGAUGAAAUAGCAGUAUUAUCGGAGGUAUUCACACUAGCAUCAUCCCUCUCAUUCACAGGCAAGCUCAUUUGUGGUGACUUCAAUAUGCCCGAAAUUUCUUGGCUGCCAGUCAAAGCGCCGAGACGUUAUGAAUCAUUUAUUGAAUGUCUAGAGCUUGGACAAUGGACUCAGUAUGUCGAUAGCCCUACCAGACAUCAAAACAUCUUAGACUUAGUCUUUACCAGUGGCCUCAUCCCCAAUACUUUGUAUAUUGGAAAAAAGUUCCCAGGUAGUGAUCAUAACAUUGUCAUAUGCAGCCUUAAUGUAAAAACCACAACCGAUAGAAGUAAAACCGUAACACUUCGUAGAAACUAUCGCAAGGUUGAUUGGAAUAACUUCCACAAUUACCUAAGAAGCACUGAUUGGAGAACUUUCUUUACCUCAAACAAUACCGACACAUUAACCAAUAUAUUUUAUCACAACAUCAAAAGUAUCAUCAACAACAUCGCACCUUUAGAAUACUGUAAACCUACGUUCUCCAAAGAUCUCUAUAUACCGGUCAGUACAAGAAGACGUCUUCAAAGACAUUGUACUCGAUUCCACAACUUAAAUGACUUUUCCUCUUUAGUAACGAUGACAGAAAUACUUGUCCGAACAGAGGCAAUAAGUAAACAAAAAGCAGUAGCACAGGAAAAACGUGCAGUUGAACUUAAUAAUAACUCCUCUGCACUCACCAUACUACUCCAAAAUAAACUUAAACGCUCUAAAUCGAGAGGGAGUAUAUUCAUUAAAGGCAAACAAGUAUACGAAGAUCCCAAACUUAUCACAGAAUUAUUCAGUGAACAUUUUUGUUUCUCACUAACUAACGAAAAACCAUUUAAUGAUUCAGAACCAAUCCCAGUAACUCCCUGUGAAAUUACUAAUGUAGAAUUCAGUGUACAAAAUAUCUCCAAAGCAAUCAGUACAUUGAAACACUCCUACACUGAUGGACCAGAUGGUAUUCCAUCUAGCAUGCUAAAACGCGGAGGUGAUGAUAUGUGUGUUUUGCUUCUCAAACUAUUCGCGAUAUCACUCUCUUCAGCGUGUUACCCUACUGCCUGGAAAACUACACAUAUCAUUCCCAAAAUUAAAACAGGACCUGAAGCAAACGUUGAAAAUUACCGGCCUAUAAACAUAACUUCAGUGGUAUCCAGAGUGAUGGAAAAAGUAGUUAAGGCGGCUGUAGUCCAACAUCUAUUAACUAACAAUCUCUUGUCGACCUCCCAGCAUGGAUUUCUUAGGUCCAGAUCAUGCGAUACAUGCCUAGUAGACUACCUGAAUGAUAUAACUCUGAAACGAGACAGCGGACUCCUUGUAUCAGUCCUAUUCCUAGACUUUAAGAAAGCCUUUGAUAAGGUCCCACACAAAAGGCUACUCGUCAAACUAAAGUCCUUCGGAAUACACAACCCACUGUACUCAUGGUUUGCUUCGUUCUUAACAGAACGUAAACAGAUGGUAAAGUACAAUGACUGUCUCUCGUCCCCUAGACCAAUCACCAGUGGAGUCAUCCAGGGAAGCGUAUUAGGGCCACUUUUGUUUCUUAUGUAUAUAAACGAUAUAUGUAACACCAUAGAAUUUGGGAAACCGUACUUAUAUGCUGAUGAUCUCAAAAUAGUAUACAGCUAUAAGCCUGAGACACUAAGCGAAAGUGUAUCCCAGAUCCAAAAGGACCUCAAUAACUUAACUAUAUGGAGUGAAAAAUGGCAAUUACCAUUUAACCUCAACAAGUGCGGGAUCAUGCACUUUGGAAAGCAUCCCUAUAAACCGCGACUUCACUUAAAUGAAUGUAUAGUCCAAACACUCGAAUCAGUACACGAUUUAGGAAUUAAUUACACAGGAAGCCUAAACUUUGAAGAACAUGCCUCCUCUAUUAUUUCUAAAUCUAGACGGCUAAUUGGUUUUAUAAUGAAAAACUUUUUCACAACAGAGGGUAAACUUACUCUCUACAAAAUAUGUGUACGACCCACCCUUGAAUACUGCUCUUUUGUCUUCUCUAAUAUGAAUAUCGCAGACAAGAUAAGAGUAGAAGAUGUUCAAAGACGUUUCACACGUCAACUACUAGGAUGUAACUCGAAUCUCGAUUACACAGACAGAUGUAAGCAUCUAUCUUUAGAACCUUUAUGGCACCGUAGGCUAAAACACAAUUUAAUAUUUCUCUACAAAGCGAUAUAUGGGCUCUCCUUUCUAACCUCCUGCCCGACUAUCACCCACGACCCAGCCUAUAGACUUAGAAACAACGCAUAUACACUACUUACCGUAAAACACCAAAAACAAAUGCGUUGUAAGUUCUUUACAGUACGGUACAGUUUAUUGUGGAACAGGCUGCCAAUGCCUAUCCGUAACUGUGAUACGUUUACCAGAUUCAAAAAGCUAAUAACCCUAUUUCUAGACUCCAAAGAGCUUCAACAUUACCUUGAACUCCCGCCCACCGAUGAGGCACUUUAUUACGGACCGCCUAGUAUCUAGAAAGAACAGAAUUAUAACAAGUUCGACUGUUACUAAUCUGAAUAUAACCAAAUCACAGGAUAUAUGGCUUAUCCUUUCCUAUUAUUCAUUGUUUAUUAAUCAUGAUUUCAUGCUCCUAACCCUAGCUUUCAGUCCCCAAAUCUCUACAGGUUAAAUGUACAUUAUUCUUCCUAAAAGUCAUGCUUUUUUUUCUACUGCAAGUAGACAGAUAGCUCAAUCUUAUGGAUGCUGAUCUACUAAGGCCGAUCAUUCAAAGCUCAAAAUUUGGCCACAAAGUCUUCCCCCUUGAGAUAUGGAACAGGUUACUUCAUCCUGCACCAUCCUUAAAGCCUUGGAUAUCCCAAAGGGACAUAAGGUUGCGAUUUCUAGAAGCUCAUACCUUCAAUGGACCUAUUCUUGACCAUCAGUCGCACAUUCGCAACGCAACUCUCGUGAAGCGCGCCAACUAUAGUACUGAUUAAAACUAUCUACAUUCAUGUCUUAUAAAUUUUCAACCCAGCUAUGUAAUUUAAUACAGUGUAUAUUGUAUCAUUUGUAUCAAUUUGAUCUUGCCUGUAAACUGGCAUGCCUCAUGUAACAAACUGUUAUUUGAGAAUAAAUUAUUAUUAUU